AUGACAGCCACAUCUUUUGACACAGUUCUCCAAUGCACGCCAAAUCUUCAUCAUCAUGAUAAUCAUCUAUUAUCUCAUGAACUUAAUUUAACCAAUCUAUGUUCUGAUGCUUUAGCUGCUUGGGGUAUUAAUCAUCCAGCCGAUUUAAGUUAUCGUGUUGAAUUAGCACGUCGUAUAGCAUUAACAUUUAAUAAUGCUGAACAAAUUAUACUUAUAGAUGAUACUGCACUUGUUAUACCUCAAUCAGAACGUAUUAUUUUUCAUGACAUACGUGGUUGUGAACGAUCAUUAUUACCAGGCUUAUGGUUAUCAGCUGGUUUUCGUUAUGGCGGACGGAUACUUGUUUAUUGUCCACCAAAUCCAGUUGAAAUGGAAGCAUAUUUGAAAUUGAAAAGAUUAAUUGAAGGACAUCUUCAACGUUCAGUACCUAUUCAAAUUUUUUAUGAAGAUUCCAAUUGUCAUUUAUAUGAACUUAUAAGCAUUUUUCAAGACAAUUUGAAUAAAUACAAUGAAUUAUGUGAAUUAUUUGCACAAAGAUCAUCAAAAGAAUUUUAUCCUGAAUAUCAUGUUUAUAUGUUGAAAAGACAUAUUAAUGAAAUAACAAAAGGAAUUCGUCGGUCAUUUGUUUUUCCAUAUGAAAUGACAGAAUUUCAUCGACAUGAACUUCAAUCAUAUUCUGAUCGUUUAACGUUACCUGAUAUGCCAAUUAAUGAUAAAGCUAAACAUAAUUUAUUCUUAAAAUCCAAAGGAUUUCAUUCAUUACCUAUUUUAAUUGCCGUUUCAACAAAUGGAAAACUAAUUGAUAAUUAUCAAGAAUAUGUUCAAACUAUGGAACAUCUUGAUUCAAUACCUACUGAAAAUAUUUUAGAAAAUAUUCAAAAAUUUGCUCGUGGAGUUAUUCAAGCUAUUGAUAUAUUACAUACUCAAUAUAAUGUUUCAGCAUUUGUUAAAUUGGAUGCAAAUGGUGCAGCUGGUUGGUCAUGUAUGAGUCCUAAAACACAUUCUUUUAUGCAUAACUAUGACGAAAAUCAAGAAAAACGUAUUGACUAUUUAUGUGAAUAUAUUCAAAUGAAAGUUGUCGGCCAACAUUUACCAAAAUUAGCUGUAAUCGAAGAAUUUAUUCAACCUCAAAAACGCUCUGGUGAUAUCGAUGCAGACUACACAGUUUGUGGAUUCGUUCUUGGAGGAAAAUUUUUUCCAACAUCAAUUAAUUUAUGUGGCACUAUAAAUGACAGUUAUGUUGAACAGUGGACGUCAUCAUCAGCUAGUGAUUUAAAUGAUUCAGAUAUCUACUGGCAACAUAUGUUUCAAACAUAUUCAUUAAUGGUUAAGUUAGAAGCAUCAGAAUUCGGUUAUACAAACGGAAUAUAUGCAGGUGAUUUAUUUGUAACAAAAGAUGGUCGUCAUAAACAACGUGAUUGGAAUAUUCGUCGUGGUGGACGAUCAUCUCCUGAAUCAUUAAUUAUAUUUGGUAUGCCCAACUAUGAAACAAAAGUUAAUCUAUCCUUAGCUGAUUAUGGAUUAAAUAAAAAGUUAAAUAAUAUUGAAUUAUUUCGUAUUUAUACAAAAAUAUGUCAAUGUUUAUUAGAUGAUUAUGAUAUGUAUGUCUUUUCAAGUGCAUUUGGUUAUUGUGGAAAAGAUGAUGAGAAAAAUGAUUAUUUAAAAUUUAAUAUACUUGUUCAUCCAAAACGGCUUGCAAAGUUCGAUCAAAAUGGUCAAAAAAUGAUAUUAUCAAGAUGUCAACAUAAGGAAAGAGCAACGGAAAUUAUCAAAGAAAUUGCAAAGAAAAUUUUUCAAAAUACAAUUUAA